CCGGGCUUUCUGGUGACUGCGCUACGUUAUGUAGAACAAAUGGACUGUAUGUUAGAAAUCUAGUUAAUUCUUUACUCUCCAUCAAGUCUUGCUGACAGAAUUCAUCGGCAAAACGACAUUAGUCUUGCUUCAUAUGCGUACAUGGGACUAAACGGUUACCAUUCUACCCAUCAAUACAAAUAAAUGCUAAAGUUAGACGAUCAUAUGACUCAUGAGUUAAAAGACACAUUUCAAGAUGUAUCUGCAUCUAGUAUUGAAAACCGAAACUCGGCCAGUCAUUCUCGCCAAAAUCUUGCUGGUGGAUCUGGAGUUUUUGCAAAUUUCUUCGAAGAAAUGGCCGAACCACUUUCUUAUCAAUCCUCAAAUCUCAUUGAUGAAAGGCAGAGUACUAUAUCUACAGAGGACUGUAAAAUCCAAACACAGAGUAGCGAGGUGAAGGAGGGCAGUUCUCCUAUGCUGCGUGAUGAGAUUAGUCCUAUGGAAGCUUUCUACGGUGAUAAUGCAGAUGACGACCUGAAAAUUCUUGAACGAUAUCGUUUGCUCGUUAAUUCUUAUUCUGAUUCUAAACCAUGCCAAGAUGAUGAAUCUCAGCUGAGGCAGUUAUCUCAUGAUGAUACACUAAAACGUGGUGGACUACCACAUGGCGUAACAGAAUACAAUCCAACUGAUUUAAGUAGCCCGUUGUGUAUGUCAUACAUACAUAGAAGUAAACCACCUAAAGUAUUAGCCAAUCGUUUUCUGCUUGGUUCUACAAUUGGACGAGGAAGUUAUGGAAAGGUAAAAGAUUCUAUUGAUCUGUUUACACUUCGACGUCAUGCUGUAAAAAUUAUUAGUAAACUAGGUGUACGAAAAAUUCCCGGUGGUUGGAGUCAAGCAUUACAUGAAGCUAGUUUAAUGCGAAGAUUAUCUGCUUGUCGACAUGUGGUUUCAUUAGUUGUUGUAUUACGACUAGAAAAUCCAGAUAGAUUAUGUUUAGUUAUGGAGCAUUGUCUUGGAUCAGUACAUGAUUUACAAGCUUCCGGUGUACCAUCUCAUACAGCUUUAAGUUCAGAAAAUGAAUUUGAAUUAGAUGAAUUCAAUGCUAAAUCAUCCUCUCCACGAUUAUCAUAUUUUAAACAUCAACAUGGACAAUCAUCAGAUGUUGUAUUAAAUGAAAACAUUUCAAAAGAUAAAAGAAAAAAUGUUGAUUCUUCUGAAAAGUUGAAUAAAUCUCGUCGAUUUCAUCCUAGAUUAUCAAUGGGAUCUACACAGAUCAAUCAAGAAACAGAUACAAAAUUUAAUAAAUCAAAAAGUCGUAAAACAUCAUCCAUAGAACAACCAACAAGAAAACGUACAUCCUCUCAACAACAACAACAAUUUCGUCGACUUCCUGAAGCACAAGCGCAUGCCUACUUUUUACAGUUAAUAGACGGUUUACAUUUUCUUCAUCGUAACGGUGUUAUACAUCGCGAUAUUAAACCAGCUAAUUUAUUAUUAACACCUGCACCAGGCUGUGGUUUAAGUGGUUUUGGCAGUCCAAAUGGUACCAUGGAUUUACCAGAUCAUAAUUGGUUAUGCAGUACGGGUAGUCAAUCAGCGUUUUGUCAACGUUCAUUGGCUAAUUUAUUGGCAUUAUCACGUGGUUGGUUGGUGAAGUUAACUGAUUUCGGCGUAUCAGCAUCAAUUUCAGCAUUUAGUACAAAUGAUAUGGUUAGUGGUGGUCAAACUACACCAGCUGUACAACCUCCAGAAGUAGCCAAAGGUGUACAAUCAAUAUUUGAUGGUACUAAGUUAGAUGUUUACAGUGCUGGUGUAACACUUUAUUUCAUGCUUACUGGUCAUGUACCAUUUUCAUGUCAAAAUGUACUACAAAUAUUUGAAGCAAUUGUUAAAGGAGAUUAUACAAUACCAGGAUAUGUAUCAACCAAUGCAUCAGAUUUGAUUCGGAAAAUGAUGCAGAAAGAUCCUAAAAAACGUUUAACUUUAUUGCAAAUUCGUCAACAAACUUGGUAUAUACAAGAUCCACCAACACCAAUGUCUGUGGAAAAAAUUAAAAUGAAAUUACGCAAUGAAUUAUCACAUAAUCAACAAUUGUCAAAUAAUGAAACACCAACACAUACAUUAAUUCAUUAUCAUAAACGACAACAUCAUCAACAACAACAACGUGGUAUAAUCUGUUGGCUUGAUCCAUUAAUUUAUCUACGUCGAUGUCAUUCUGAAUAUCCUCUACCACAUAUUGAUGAUACUGGAGCUAGAAUAUUUGAUAUAGAUGAAAUUUUCAAUAAUUCACCAAAUCAAACAUUUACUAGUAGUAAUGAUAAUGAUAUACAAACAUCUUUAUCAAAUAUGAUUAUCAGUGAUAAGGAUGAACACUUUUUUAAUAAUCAUGAUGGUAUUGCACCGAUCUCAGUGAUUGAUCGUUUAAAGGUAUUUCAUGAUUUGGAUGACUAUGAAGAGUAUAGUAGACCAGAAGAUAUGUCUAGUUUUUACUAUUCACCUGAAGCAUGUUUACAAUAUUCCAAUGUUGAAAAACAGCUGGCCAACUUAGGUAUUGGUUCACGAAUGGAACCUGAUUCGACAAUCACAAAUUAUCCAUAUGUAUAUAAUAAUCUUUCAAUGAAUUACUUACACUCUACUAGCCCUAUUCAUUUAACAGAAGAAACUAGUCGUCGAUCUGGAAAUAUAUGUCAUCCGAUUGACAACGUUCCAGAUAAUGUUGAUAAUAAUAAUAAUAAUAAUAAUAAUAAUAAUAAUGGUCAGUCACACUAUUACUUUUUACCAUCAGAUCAACAACAAUUAACUACUCAUCAAUCUAAACGAGAAAAAUCUUUAAAAAGUAAUAUGACACCACAACCAUAUUGGUGUCUAGAUCUUGGUGUUCCAGUGUAUGAAGCUAUACAACCUAUCAAUAAUAUGAAUGAUGUAUCGGAACCUCCAGCUUCUCCAGCGGAUUUACCAAUUUCUAUUCCUACUACUUACAGACUACCUAAAUUUGCAAUAAAUCCCAAUGUAACAAAUCGAACUGGUAGUCUACCAGGUCCUAUAGCAUUCAUUCCAUCCGAUUUAAAUGUACCUCGACAAAUGCAGAACAGUGUCAAUAUAAAUAAUGAUAAUAAUCAUAAUAACAACAAUAGUAAUGAUACAUUAAAUCAAAAAACUUGGCAUUAUGGUUUACGACCUAUUAAUAGUAUACCAAAAGAUUUUCUUAAUUUCACUUGUUCAAAACAACAACAACCACAUCAGAAAUCUACCAAUAUCAUUGCUAUUGAUCCUGAUCAAUUAUCUAAUCAUUUGAAUAUAGAUUUUGAUCAAACUCAUAUGAAUUCAACAUUGAAUAGACAAGAACAAUUUAUGAAAAGAGAUUAUCAUUCAACUAAUACUAAUCAUUUGAAUAGAUUCAAUCAAUGGUUUUUCAAUCCAUUCAAUUCAUUUCGUAAUCGAAUAAAAAGUAUACGAUUUAAAAAAGAUGCUUCAAAUAAUUCUCAAACUACUACUAAUACUACUACUACUACUACUACUACUACUAAUAAUAAUAAUAAUAAUAAUAAUAAUAAUAAUAAUAAUAAUAAUAGUUAUUCACCAGUUGUUUCAACGACCAAUUCUACUUCUUCAUCUUCUAAUACUAUUUAUUAUAGAAAUGUGAAUAGUGCUACAGAAUUAACUUCAACUGUUGAAAUCACAUCAUCAUCAUUACCGAAAAUUCAAAUAGAUGAUAUUUCUAUUCAAUCUACUGGAACUUUACCAAGAACACGUAAUCGAUUAAAACCUUGUUCACGUAUAUUUUCACGAAAGAAAGUUACAGGAAGAAAAUAA